AUGUCGAAUCUUGUCGUUACACGACAAGAUUUCAGUACAUUUGCUGAUAACACCGAAGAUGAGCUUCUCAACACACUUAAAUCAUUCUGGUCAACAGAAUCAAUUGGAAUCGAAGAUCAACAAAAUGCAGCAGAACCAAUGCCAGAGCACUCCGAAAGGAGUAUAAAGUUCAACGAAUCGCGCUGCGAAGUGAAUUUACCCUUGAAUGGCAACGAAGCAAAUUUGCCUACCAAUUACCAUUUAUCGUUCAAUUGUCUGAAGUCAUUGCAACAUCGUUUAGAGAAAGAACCGACACUAGCGAACGAGUACGACAAGAUAAUUCAAGAGCAAUUAAACAAAAAUGUAAUAGAAAGAGUCCCCAACGAGGAAACAACUAGUCAGUCUGGAGUGCACUACCUACCACAUCACCCAGUUAUCCGUAAGGACCGAGAAACCACAAAGGUGCGAAUUGUGUAUAACGGGUCGGCCAAACAAGAGGACAGUGCAUUAUCAUUAAAUGAUUGUUUGCACAAGGGACCAAACCUGAUUCCAAAACUCUUGGAUAUUUUGGUCCGAUUUCGAUGGCAUCAAGUAGCAUUAACGGCAGAUAUUGAGAAAGCCUUUUUGAUGAUUGGCAUUCCACAAGAGGAUAGAAACCUACUUCGUUUUUUAUGCUUAAAGGAUCCGAACGAUGCAAAUACUGAAGUGGAACAUUAUCGAUUUACCAGAUUAGUAUUUGGCUUGAAAUCAUCGCCAGCAGUUUUAGGAGCAGUAUUCUCACACCAUUUACAACAGCACAAAGAGAAACAACCUAAGGUGGUAGAAUUGAUUGAAGACAGUUUGUAUGUCGACGAUUUAGUGGCCUGA